GUCCAAUAGCUGUUGAUGUAUUCUGGCCCCAGUGCCUCGUGCUUCGAUACCCAACAUUAUUCUCUCGCGAUGUGCUCAUUCAGAAUGAUGCAAUGUUUCAAUAUCAGAAUGAGAGAGAGAGAGAGAGAGAGAGAGAGAGAGAGAGAGAGAGAGAGAGAGAGAGAGAGAGAGAGAGAGAGAGUGUAUGAGGAAGUGGCAGUAAAUCAAGUAGGUACAUUCAAAACUUUCAAACACUCACAUUAGCCAAGGUAAUUUCGCUUUCUAGGAUUGGAAAAAUUAGAUAUGCAUCAUCAUCACGACAAUUUACAGGUACGCGCUCUCACAAGGCUCGGAUGUGCCACCGUUUACUGAUCCGUGUAAUUAACUUCAGUGUGUGCGCGCCGGCAGGAACUCCCUUCAUUGUGAGGCCUGCAGGGCGCCGCGCCAGACCUCGGAGCAGUUCAGGUAAACAACUCGGCCACACUUUCACCAGACGAGGAGCGCACAGUUUCACACAUGGGUCACAUUUGAAUGACAUCCUCAAGGGUGAUGUCCAACCCCGCAAGAUUCAACUCUCCAUGCCUCAAAAUGUUUUCGUGUUUAGAAACAAAUUAUGGCCAUAAUACUUAAUUGCUUUCCAAUAUGAUAACAUAAAUCACAUUGUUUAAGUCAUAAUGUCGAUAUUACAGAAUUGUUUCAGAUUAGGAAGGUAAUGCCACUAUGUAAUGUGUGGCGGGUAGCUGAGUCCCGUCCCCGCUUGUGCCUUUUCACCCUCCCUAUGAUACAAGAUCGGCUCUUGCUAAUAAUCCUCCGUCAUGAUGCACGGAGAUAUAUAUGUAUGUAUGUAUGUAUGACGCACUGAGAUAGGAGUGUUCCUUCACGCGUGUCUGGUGUGAAAGCAGCCGAGCUGAUGGUAAAGUAUGGUAUUUGCCACACCAUCCUGUGCACAACCCUAAGAAGUCAGACAAAAUUAGGAUAGUUUUUGACUGUGCUGCAAAGUAUGGGGAGUUAUCUCUAAACGAUCAUGUGUGCCAAGGACCAGAUCUCGCUAACAAGCUGGUGGGUGUUCUGUUAAGGUUCAGGGAAGGACCCAUUGCAUUUAUGGCUGACAUUGAAUCAAUGUUCCACCAAAUUAGAGUUACUCCAGAUGACAGGGAUGUAUUACGCUUCCUGUGGUUUCAAGAUGAUGAUACCAGGAAACAAGCUUUGGUUUAUCACAUGACCUCUCAUCUAUUUGGUGGGGUGUGGAGUCCGAGCUGUGCAACUUAUGCACUCCAGCAAGUGACAAAAGAAUAUGAAGAAUUUCCGGAGAUUGUAUUAAGUACAGUGAUGCAUAACUUCUAUGUGGAUGAUUGCUUAAAAUCUGUGCAUACUCUUGAAGUUGCAGUACCUCUUGUAAAACAGGUGAUACAACUACUGUCAAUGAGAGGUUUUCAUCUCACCAAAUUUGUCUCCAACUCACCAGAGCUGAUGAAUAGUAUACCAGAGAAGGAGUGGGGAAGGUCUUUCACCUCUCUGGAUAUCAACCGGGACGAACUGCCAACAGAACGUGCACUGGGUAUGUUGUGGGAAAUUGAAUCUGAUUGUUUAAAGGUAGAUGUGCAAGUAAAGAACCACCACAAGAGCAGGAGAGGUAUUCUGAGUGCCUUAAGCACAGUGUAUAACCCGUUAGGGCUUGUAAGCCCAUUUGUGUUGUCAGCUAGAAGGCUAUUUCAGCAGCUGUGUAAACAAGAAAAAGAAUGGGAUGAGCCUUUGUCAAGAGACGUGGAAGAACAAUGGGGCCGGUGGCUGAAUGACCUUCAUGUCAUUAAAGAAUUCAGUAUUCCUAGAUGUAUCAUGCCUAAUAAACUUCUUAUGAAGACGGUCCAAUUACACCACUUCUGUGACGCGUCUGAGUACGGAUAUGGUUCCGUGGCUUACUUACGGACUGUCUAUGAAACUCAACAGGUUUCUGUUAAUCUCCUUAUGGCAAAAUCCAGACUUGCACCUUUAAAGGGUUCUACCAUACCUCGCUUAGAACUAGCUGCAGCACUGGAAGAAGUGAGACUUGACACACUUUUGCAAAAGGAGCUACAAAUGCCACUAGAGAAAUCAGUCUAUUGGACAGACAGUACCAUUGUGUUGUGGUAUCUACAAACUCCUGAAAAAAGAUUUCAGACAUACGUAGCUAACAGAGUGGCAAAAAUUUUAGAACACGUCAUACCAGACCAAUGGAGAUAUGUGCCCACCAUGCAGAACACUGGGGAUAUUGCUUCAAGAGGAAUGACAGCACAAGAACUUCUUAAUGAGGAGCGGUGGUGUAAGGGACCUGCUUUUCUGUUCUUGGAUAUAUCUAGUUGGCCAAAGCAACCUGCAUUUGACUGUGCUAAGCUAGAGGAUAUAGCAGAAGUGAAGUGACUUCCAUUAGUGUAUACCAUGAAGACUGAGGAGGAUCACCUGGGAAGUUUGAACGCGGAGACUUAUACCGUCGUCGCUGGAGGCAAGUCCAGUACCUAGCGGACAUCUUUUGGCGUAGGUGGCUACUGGAGUACCUACCUACUUUGCAGGAGCGACAAAAGUGGCUGACACCAAAAAGAAACGUCAUGAAAGGUGAUCUGAUCUUGAUAAAGCAAGACCACUGCACCAGAAAUCAAUGGCCACUUGGAUUAGUAACGGAGACUUAUCCAAGUGCUGAUGGCUUAGUGCGUUCUGUAGCCGUUCGUACAACUAAAGGUACUUACGAGAGGCCUAUUACUAAGGUUGUUUGUUGGAAGGUGCUACUUCAGAACUAGGCGAGACUCCAUGUUCAGGUUCAGUACCGAGUUGAAUGAUGAUGCUCUUUAUGUGACUGAUUAUUGUGAUUUAUUAAUUGGUUUGUACUUUAUUUGAGUUUGUAUAUUACAUGAUGUAUGAGUAUGUAGGUAAGGUAAGCGCCCCCUUUUUUGAAGGUGCACUGGGGCCGGGGUGUAACACAUGGUGUUUGAUGGUGGUCACUAUACAAAUUAUUUCUGUAUAUUGCUCGUUUCAUAUUUGUUUGUUUCAUAGUAUUUGCUCGUUUCAUAUGAUAACUACCUAGGAAUAAUGAGUGUCAAUGAGUGUUUCAUUUGUGUAUGAAUCCCUCGAGCGGUAAACCGAGGGAAGGAGCAGUGUCAAUGAGUGUUUCAUUUGUGUAUGAAUCCCUCGAGCGGUAAACCGAGGGAAGGUAGCUCAGGGAGGGAGGUAGAGCCGGCACUCUAUCUGUGGUAUAGCAGCCGCACACACCUUGUUGGAUUUAAAUCUGUGGAUUUAUUCCCUGUGAGCGCCAGAGAUUGGCAAGCAACAAGUGAGGGAGAGGGUCUCCCAAGCACCACGGGGUACAACACUGCCACACUCCAAUCACAGGCGGGCGCUAGAUGGGGAGGCUGGAAGUAUGACAUCAGGCACCCCGGGGCCGUCAAGGCGAAUGACCCUGUGCUGGGGGAGCGCCCGCUGGAAACACCCCAGUGUGCCUAGAUGGUCUGAACACUGCACUGCUCCCUUAAUGCGGCGCCCUGCUGUUGUGACCCCAGCCUCCCUGCAGCCGCCAUGAUGCUGCUGCUGCUGCUGUUUCUACUCCACCACCACCACCACCACCAUCAUCAUCAAGACGCCACAGAGACGAUCACCUGGAUUCUCAAGAGUAUUUCUCCUGCUAGUAGCAUAGAAACCUUGGUAAUCUGUCUCUUGAACCAUAAAAAACAACCUUUAAAAACCAUGCCACUUCUACUACGAAAAGCCUUUUAAAUAUAGUGGCGCUGCACAGAAGUGUUUCAGAAUAUGGUCCUUACUCGCGACACGACAAGUUUCAUGCAUGCAGGUAUUCCAUGCACACCUCGCCGCCGCAGCCCUGUAUGCACCACGCACACCUCUCCACCAGACCCUGACGCAGACGUGACUGGCGACCUGCAGAGCGGUGGUCGGUGCGCCUUACAAGACCACUAGGGAGCGUUACACUCAGUAUACCAGUAAUGGAGAUCCUGCACGGAGGUUGGGGACUUGGUGACGGUGAGUCUGGAUCAGUGGGGCCGAUGCAGAUCAUACCAAUGCAGUUGAAGUCAGGACACUGGACCAUCGCCGCCUUGUAAUCCAUCUGGUUGUUUGCAAAAUCGUCUAUGUCAUAUCCUCCGAACUCUGUGUUAUAGCGAAGCACCAAGCGGCAGUCUGGCAACGAUAAGGUAGAGCUUGGUGUUAAUACGAGUUAGGACGUGCGAGAGUGGAAGGCAGUGAGUGACGUACAAUGUAAGGGAGGAAUAUGAUGUACAGAAGUGUGGUGAGUAAUGAUGGAGUGAAUAUUGAAUGGUGAAGGAAGGGAAAGGUGAUAUAUAAAGGGAAGGAAGUAUUGAUACUGCUCGUAUAGGUCAGAAUAGAGGUUAUGAAGGGAAGUGAAUGAACAAAUGAAGUGAGUAGAUUGACUGAGGAUUGGAAGGGCUCAUAUUAAUAAUAGUAGGAGGAAUGAAGAUAAAUACACACAAAAAAAAAUUAGAGAUGGAGGGAUAUGAGAGACUGAAGCAUAGUACAGACAGGCAGACAGACAUAUACAAACCUGUCUUUCCCUCAUUAUGCUUCUGUGCUAUCCAGGAGUGGCCGGAACAGGUGUAGCCCUUAACCUCAGGAUCAGGCUUGAGGUACCCCGGCACAUCGUAAGGCAGCAGAAACUUACCGUUGGGGCAGGCUGAGGCACUGCGAGGCUGGAAUGGGGAGGCAGGAAUACAUGGUUAAUGGAACUGGCUAUCGUUAUUAUUUCUCUCUCUCUCUCUCUCUCUCUCUCUCUCUCUCUCUCUCUCUCUCUCUCUCUCUCUCUCUCUCUCUCUCUCUCUCUCUCUCUCUCUCUCUCUCUCUCUCUCUCUCUCUCUCCACUUUAUGCUUUGUGAGUGUUUUCUCUCUUUGUAUUAUAUUUUCUUUGUUCAGCCUUGUAUUAUACAGACCAAUAAAUAGACAUAGUGACAAGGGAUGUCACUGGGAGAUUAAUAUUCUAUACUAACACACACACACUCACACACGCACCAUUAAAACACUCACAUAAACCUAAUGGCUCCCACACAUUCAUCACCUCUGUUCUUUCUUCAUGCUUAUGGUGUUGAUUCACCUCUAUCUCUGAAUACCUUGCCCGUCCACCUGUCCUCUGAAUAAGAAAUGGUGUGUGCUUGGAAGGGCAGUUGGGGUUGGGUGGAAUUGUGAUGGAGUAGGAUGGAGAGGCGUGAGUGGAGGACCUUACCAAGAAUGGAGGAUGGACCCUGUAGUAAGCCCAGCCUUGGCCAUCGAUCAAACUGACGUCAUUGUCCAGAAAGGAGACAGUUGUAAGCAACUGACACUCCCUCUGCUGACCUGUGGCGGUGGAGGAGAGGCGCAGGUUGUAUAAUGUAAUAUGGGACGGGAAGGAAGGUAGGGCCUCCUAAUGACAUGACACAUGGAGCUAAGGUAAAUAUAGCAGGUCAUGAGAAAUAUUGUGUUGGUGCCUCGUGAAUUGUCAUUAAGGAGGAAAGGAUAGGUGUCUGGUAGUGUGUAUUGGAGGCAGGGAAGCGUGAAAGUGCUGGUGUUAGAGGCAAUUUCUAAACACAGUGCUGAGCAAAGAGUUUUAGCCUGAACAGAAGAAACGAGAGACGUCAUCUGGACCGGUAGGGAAGAAAUAAGGAAAGAAUGCUGGAGAUAUUCUCAAAUAACAGAAAUCAUAAGGGAAGAUGGAAGUGGAAGAAUUUGAUUUUUUUUUUUUUAGAAUACAUUUUUUUUUCAAGUGGCAGGAAGAUUUUUACGUAAUAGAGAUUAGUUGCAGUUUUUGCUGAGCCGCAUCUAGAGGGAGCAAGAUGUGUUGAAGCAGACAUUACAUAGAAGCCUCUUGAUUAAUUAAUGUGUGUGGAGUGUAAAUUGCUCCUCUUUGUAGUAGACACCAGUUUCUAUAAUGCCUUCAACAUUGUAAGAUAAGUCACUGACAUGGAAGUCACAUUUCUUUCAUAAAAAAAGGAAAAAAGUAAUAUUCUAGACUUCUCCCAGACGUGACAGUAAUAUCAACCUGUGCUGAGUGAUGCAAUCCCUUUUGAUACUCCCGCAAAAUUAAAUCUGUAAGUAAGCUGUGUUACCCUUGAUCAGUUAAAUAAACAGGGAACUCUUUAGUCUGUACGUAAAUGAAACGAAGUAACACUUAAGCUUUAAUUAGGAUAUGUAACAUUUUUGAGACCCAGAAUUAAGACCGCAUCAGAAAGAGAUAUCAUUGUAUAAUUCAGAGAAACAGCCAGAUUGGGGAUAUAAACUGAAACACUGAAGAGGUGAGACAUAUUGGAGAGAAGAAGAAUUCGAUAGAGGAGGAAAUGAUAACAAUAGGAUGUCUAGUAGGUUAAUAGGUGUGUCUGGAGGCUAGUGUUUGUCAGCGAUUAAAUAUACGUUUAUUGCCGCCUGGACUUCAAUCUCAUUAAUAUCAGCACUAUUUUUUCAUGCAAAUUUGCCAUUAGUGUGUGUGUGUGUGUGUGUGUGUGUGUGUAUUGCUACGUGUUCACACUGGGAGUAACGACAUAAUUGUGUGGAGCAUGAAGAGAGGGAUACGAAGAAAAAGGGAGGAAUAUAAGGCCAGGAAUCGGAUACGUGCUAACUUUCAGGCUGAGUAGUAGUAGUAGUAGUAGUAGUAGUAAUAGUAGUAGUAGUAGGAGUAGCAACUGUAAAAGGAUGCUUUGUUAAUUCCCGAUCAUUUCCCUAUUUAGUUUUAUUACGCUUCUCCUUCUUCCUAUCCCGUCUUCCUUUUCUCCCCUUCCUUCUGCUGACCGUAGUAAUUGAAGGAGGCGCAGGAGGAGGCGCUGAGGCAGGACAUGGCGCAGAGGGUGAGGGAGAUGGUGGCGGUGGACAGGGCAGUCGUGUCAAACCUCUUGUCCUCACCUGCGUGGCAAUAAAUAUUAGUGCGUGCCAGAACACCUGCACUAUU